AUGGUGGCAGGGACCACAUUGGUUAGGAAAUUUAGGAAAUCAAUCAUUACAAACCAGAACCAGGACCUGCCGGAGCAGCGCAAGAUUAAGCUAGCAUUGUUGGCAGUGAAUCCGCUAGGCAACCUUUUCCAGCACUAUUCCAAUUGGCGGAAUCUGCUAUGUGCAGUGGCAUGGAUUUCGAGGUUCCUAAGAUAUCUAAAGGCGAAAAAGAACUUGGAUGUGCCCAAAUAUCUAACCGUAUCUGAGCUUAAAUCAGCAGAGAUAACAGUGCUAAAGCAUGUACAGAAGGAGGUGUUUGCAAGAGAGAUGUUGGAACUGAAAAAGGGUAAUGAUGUAGGAAGAAAAAGCAAGCUAAAGGGACUUUCACCAUAUUUAGAAGACGGCCUAAUCUUAGUUGGUGGACGAUUAGGAUACGCCCAAAUCCCCGAGCGCCAAAAGCACCCAAUAGUUUUGCCUAAUGGUCAUAGAGUAUCGAAGCUAAUUUUCGAGAGUAAACAUCGGGAACUUCUACAUUGUGGGCCACAGUCACUGCUGGCUGACAUCAGACGUGUAUACUGGCCAAUUAAGGGACGGAUUACAGCACGAUCAGUCAUAUCAAAGUGUGUAAGAUGUGCUAGGGCAAAGCCACAAUUUGUACAGCCGCUAAUGGGACAACUGCCACGGCAAAGAGUAAAUGUCUCACCACCGUUCGCCGUAACAGGUGUUGACUUUGCAGGACCAUUAAUUGUCCGAAGUGGAGUACGUCGAAUUGUCGGAACAAAGGCCUGGAUAUCACUAUUUGUCUGUUUCUCAACUAGAGCUAUUCAUCUAGAGGUAGUAGAGAAUCUAUCCAGUGGUGCUUUUGUAGCAGCACUUAGGCGUUUCAUGGCACGAAGAGGACGUUGU